GACGAAUAUGCGAAACUCGUUUUUUGAAUGUUAUAAUAGUAAAGAAUACUACUAGAAUAUGUUGUACCUAUGUUGGUAAAUUUCUCUGUCGAAGGAUUCUCCUUUUUUUAGGUUGUCGUCUAUUUUCUUCCUCUUUUUUUUUUUAAUAAAUAAUUACCUAAAGGACUGUAUCUGAACAGAUACUUUCAUUUCCAUCCGCAAUAGUGGAAUCUUGCUUCUUUUGUAUCAUCGAGUUUUAACUAAAUACGAACGAUCGAUCUCGCUUUCACCGGUAUAAUAUAAAUUAAAAAUUUUAGCUGGAAAGUUCAAUUAUUCUGGUCAUCCUGAAGAUCAAACUUAAAAAAAGAACUGUUUGGGGGAAUUUACGAUAUUUUGGGAUAGGCAGGCUUUCAAGCAGAUAUCCAUAUUCAACUUUUGGUAUACCUAAACAUUAACAAGCAUCUUGUGCCGAUUGCUUGGAUUCUCUCUGCUAAUGAGUUCUUUUUUUUUGCACGCAUACUACUAAUAAAACAAACUUGAAGGGUCCUUAAUGAAUGGAAUGAAAGCCCAACAUCCAUCUAGCAUUCUUAUGCUCAAACGGAAAAGAGCAUUGGAAGCUUGUGACUCUUGCAGAAAACAGAAAACACGAUGUCUCGCUGGACCACCUGACGAUGAAGAUCGCACUUGUUUGCGGUGUCGUUCUUUACAAUUAGAAUGUAGCUUGGCUAAAUCUAGCCAGACUCUCCGCAAGCCAGAUGGCGACACCUUGGAAUCUUCAGCAGCAACCAUUCUCAAUGUAAAUCUUGAAAAAAGACUCAAAGUUUUGGAAAAGGCCGUAAGCUCUCUUUCAACAUCAGCCCUCCAUACACAACCGACUUACCCUUCUGAAGACAUAUACCUCAAUGGUAUUCUCUCCCUUGAGGAAAUUGAGCUGUUAUUAGACAUUUUCAUUGAGCGCUAUGGUAAGCGUUGGCUAUCACUUAAUUGUAGUGGUGCUGAAUACCUUGAGUUUCUUUACCGGAAAUCUCACCUUAUGCUUGUAACAGCUUGCGUUACAGCUCUUCGGCACAACCCUUCUCUUAAGGCACGCGUGUAUUCACAGUUACUUGAUAUAGUUGAUCGCCUCGUUUCACAGGAAUUACUUACUGCAUCACCAUCUCUGCAAUUUUUUGAAGCUGUCUCUAUAUUAUCUUUAUAUCAACCUCUUCGCUAUGUCCAAAAACAAGAUCUUUGGCUUCUUAGCGGGUUUUCCCUACGGCACCGCAUCCUCUCAAAUACCCAAGGGUGGUUUAAUGGAUUCGUAGGUUCUCGAUCAACCCUUACUUAUUUAGAUAUUGUUCCUGCCCGUACUUGGAAUCAUCUUUGCCAUGCUCAUUUACUCGUGUGCAUAGGAUAUCGUCGACAUGCUAUGCUUGAAGAAACAACAUUUGAUGAAUGUAGAAAUAUUUUGACUAACUGCAAAGCUAAUGAAUUUGAUGGAAAUAUCCUUGGUAUGUUGUCUGUUUACUCCUUGUUGUAUCGUUUGCUUCGUUCGUCCUUUGAUUUAGAUUAUGCCGUUUUUCAGCUCGAAGAAUGGCGAAAGGAAUGGUGCCAUCUAUGGGAACAACCUGAACCAUUAUAUUCACAGGUUGCUUAUUUUUAUGCUUACAACGUUAUUUAUGAAAUUGGCAUCCAAAUGACCUCGGAUUCGAAGCAUUUCACUAAUAUUGCAAAAUACGUUAGUAUGCUUGAAACAUAUGCUUUAAAAACUGUUGAUUCUAUUUUUGAACUCUCUGCUUAUGAUAUGUCUCGUUGUUCCGACCACGUUUUGUUUCAUGUGGCCUUUGCCUGUGCUAGUAUGCUACGAUUAAUGUAUGCCGCGAAAACCAAAGACAUCGGUUCUCUAGCUGUUCAAACAGAACUUUUGAAUGAAGUUGUCACAAAAGCAUGGAAAUGGCUCUUAUUGAUUAGCGUCGAUCAAUAUCAUCUGGCUACCAAAUUCGCUACCUACUUAAAAGAGUACCAGGCUACUGUCAACGACGUGGACCCAGAAACGUUCCUUUCUUCCUCCAAAACAGGUUCUUCUAUCGUUCCUUCUCCUUCUGAUCCAACUACAGCCCCGUCCACAUGGUAUAGAGGCCCACCUCGGGCGGUAUCCGAUGCAACACUGCAAGCAUUAAAGCCAUAUAAUUUAGGAGUGGCUACUGUGGAACACGGUUAAUACUGUUGUCUCAUUCUUUUCUUUGAAUGAUAAAAUUCUUUCCUUUUCUUUGUAUAAUGGUAUGUAACAAAAAAACAAGAGGGAUCAGGGUACCGCGGAAGAGCCACGGAAAUAUGAAUGAAGUGUAUAACUAAGUAUCAGACUUUGUUCAUAUAUAUGAAACAAAAAUUCCUGAAAUAUGCCCUUUUAUUUUACAAAUAUUAUCGUUUUCGUAUCCAAUUAUUCUCGCUCUUGUGUGUCGCAUUCCCGUCUCCAUCUUAAUCCUUGU